GUUGGGUGAUGUGUGCAGUAAGUUGUCUUCUUGUGGGGCAGUCGAUUCCGCACUGCAGGUUACUUGGUGUGUAGGUGCAAGGACUUAGUUGCAUUACAUGCACACUGAAUUUCAGUGCGAGAGACGUAUUAACUGUGAUUUCUGUGUGAAUCUGGUUUUCCUGUGAUAUAAACUGCUGAUGAAUGGAGUUUUAUACCUACGGUUUUCUCUGGUUUAAAAGGAGUUUAACAAAAAACAAGUCUAAACCAGAUGCCCGGAUUAACGUGCAUGGAUUAAGGGGUAUUAGCUGCAGACAUUGUUUAUCCUGUGCAGUUGUUGGUCUUUGCAGACUAAGAUAUAUCCCCGCACUGCUUUUUAACACCUUCAUUUCUUGUGGAUUUGUUACAAGUAUGUACAAGGUAUGAUGAGCUAGAUGAUGGAUUAGCCACUUCUGGUGAGUAAACAAAGGCUGCAGGGGGAUAUAUAGCCGUGACCUGACAGAGGUACCGUAGCACUUCAGUGUGAGGCUGGACAAUCAGAGAAGAAGCAAGAUUUCUCCUCAGGUGGUUCCCAGGUAGAGAAGAAAAGGUGAAGAAAAAAAACAUACUGCUCAGUAGAAUGUGGUGCUAAAGAAAUCCAGUGGUGCUAUAAAAACAAAAAGGUUUUGUUCAAUUAAUCGUGAUUUCAGUAAAACAGUAGCUUUUGAUAUCUUGCUGGAAAAAAUGUUCUGAAUAUUUCAAUUUUAUAUGAAUAUAUGAAUGGAGAAAUUGGAGACCUAGAGUCAGAGGAUAAAGAGAAGUCAUUCAAAUCAAGGAAAGGGACAUCUUACGUAUUAGAGUGCACUCUUAUUUUCGAGAGGAGGAAAACUUACGAAAAAAGAACAGUUUGCUCUCGGUCCCUGUUGGAGCUUCAAGAGGUGUAGAUAAAAGAGAUUAAGUGUGUUUAAUCCUGGAUUAAUUCAUUCCUGUGAGGUGUGCUGGCUCGGAUUGGAAGCUGUACUAAUACACCAGGAGGAUGGAAUCUUGUCGGGUUUUGGGCUGGGCGAUAAUCCUAGUGGUUGCCUCUUUACAAGUCAUUAGAGCCGCUCCGAUGGAGAACAUUUAUGUGAGUGGUUGUAACGAUGAUGAUAUCAAACUGGAAUGUCCAGCGCAACACAAGAUAGCGAUCAAGCGGGUAUAUUACGGGGCCAAGACGGACAGUAACUGUGCCAAACGGGGUCCCCUGUGGUCCUCGGGGUGCUGUGAGCGGGGACAGGGUGAUUGUCUGGUGCCCAACACUGAUAUUUACACCACCAUGAACAUCCGCUGUUCUGGUUAUGACUCCUGUCAGACCACGGUGAAGAGGAUUCGAACUAAGGACCACUGUGCACGCGAGAUCAAGCAUACUACUUACAUGACUGUCGUCUACAGCUGUGUUGCUGAGAGAGAAAUAGCCCAGUUCUGUAACAAUGAAAUUAAGCAGGGGCAGGAACUCUAUCUCUCCAACCAGAAGUAUCCCCUCCCGAUCAAGGGCGGGGGGCAGUACUGCAAGUGUCUGGUUCGCUCCAACACAGGCAUCUCUAUCAACAUCGUCGACAUCAUGAUCACCAUGCCCGAGAAAAUGGACACCUGUCCCCAGCAGCUAGAGAUUACAGAUUCCUCGUCACUGCCCAAUGUGAUGGUUCACUGCGGACAGAGUGGGAUGUAUGGAUUCCGGAACCUCUACAAACGGAUGGUCAACAAUCUCACCAUUACGCUGGACAGCAGGUCGGAGGACGACAGGGGAUAUGUGUGGAUAAAUAUCAAAGCACAGCAGCCUGAAGAUUACGUGGUCAUUUACUGCGGAGAAGCCAUGGACCAGCUACUGUACAGGAACAUUACACGAACAGGGUCCCCGGUCACCUUGUCACCCCCGGGGACUGUGUCCCCCUCGGUGAAUGGGUCCCUGAUUGAGGGGGACCUUAGGGAGAGUCAGAUCAUUCCCGACAUGAUUGCCAUCAUAGGAGGGGUUGCGGGAGCAAUGGCCGUGAUUCUGAUCGUCUGUGUGGUGGCUAUAGCAGUACACUGUACGCGUGAGAGAGAGAGACACAAUCUUCCAAAGCUGCCCGAGGUGAUUCCCUCCCCAAUGGUACGUGGCAAGGUCUACCACCCUGAGGAUAAGGAUGCCACCCACAAAAAGUACAACUAUGAGGAGGACAGAUACUGCUCAAUCAAGCGUAGUCCCAUGAAGCUCACAAACUUCGAGAUGGACGAUGAUCCAGAUAGAAAACUCAAAGAGGCCUUCCUCCAGGGACCAGCGGAGGAGAUACAGCCCGAACCCCCCAUGACCCCAGUCAGACAGGUCAUGGUUAAUGGGGUACUUCCUCGCCCCCGAAGUCCAGAGCUUCCACUCCUGUUGGAUCCUCCACCUGAUUACUGCUCUGUGCCUGAGAAUAGCUCGGAUAAAUAUUUCACCAUGAAUCCACAGAAACCAUUGUCAGAAAUGGCGGAAAUACGUGUUUCUGCCUCGCUACCACAACGAGGCCAUAAAACCAAAAAACCAAAAACUGUCACAUUUUCACCUGUUGCUAUGGUGACUCCCCUCCCUUCCGGUUCUGAGGAAUCCAUCGGAGAUGAGGAGGACAGGAAUCUAGCAAACAUCAUUGACUCUUAUCAGUGUUUACACGAUAAAGACUUCCCCUCGGAGAAGCCCCUCAUUUUACCCCCACCCAAUGACACAAUGGAGUUCGCUUCCAUACAGGGACCGAAUGAGGCAGAAAUCGCAGAGAUGCAGGAGCUCUGGAAUACACUGGGAACACCCUCUGUGUCCACAACAAUGGAUGACGGGGCGUACGAUAACAUUGACUAUCUGCUCGCGCAGAAUAAAGCAAGGCAUGACCAUGAGGUCUAAGUUCAGCAUUAAGAUUUAUAUUCUAGUCAUCUAGUGAAUAGUUUUAAUAUUGUGGAUCAAUUUUUCGUACAAAAGAUCAUCUUGUUGCUGGUAUAGAUCAAUCCAUGUUUGGAUAAAGAAGAAGCAUUAAUUUGUUCAUAAAAGUGCACUUAAAACAAAAUAUGCAAUGUGUUUACAAGUUCUGAAUUGAAGUUUAAUUGAAGCAAAAUGCUAUUACAAUGUACUUACAGUAUACAUUAGCAUUAUUGGUGAAACAUUUUGAUGGAAUUUCAUUUUGGUAUAUCAAUACAUAUGAUUUUAUAAGUUUCAAACUGUUGUUCAAGUAGAAACAGAUUGUUUAACUUAGUUGGUGCAUUUAUGAGUGUCUUCAUGUAAAUACGUGUAUUUAGGUCCACCCAGAUAUAGUCGCUUGGGUGAACUUUCAGAUAUAGUUCCAGAAUCUUUCCUGUGCUACAUCCAGUAGCAUUACAAUCAGCAUUAAAAUUCACACAAACAUGGGACCUUAUUCACUGGUGAUUGGGUUUGUCAGAUCUUAUGUUAACAUGUAAAGGAAUGUCUGUACAGUCAAACCUCGUUAUUUCAAACUCAAUGCAAACAAAAAUCCUCUUAAUUAAUAAAAGAAUUGAAGGUAUAGAAGCUUAAAAUAUGUGAAGAAUUCAAACUGUUGGUGGGACUUCCAGCUUACUCUAACUUAUCCAUUGUAAUCCAGAUAUAUAUAUCUAUAGGUGUUCAGAUAUCGAACACCUAUCAAAGUUCUACUAUAUCUUUAAAUAUGCACAUAAUCUGCAAAAAUAGGAUUUAAAAACUUGGAAAUUAUAAUUACAUGAACAUUGAUCACACUUUAAAAUACAAAUUGUUCUGAAAUGCAAAUUGAAAAAUGAUGCCUGUGUAUUUAAAUGAUCUCUAAUAAACCAUGCUCACUCAGAUGAUAUCACUAGCAUGACUAAACACUGCCAAAGAAACCCUUACAUAAGAUAUGGGAACUUAUUUUCUUUUUUUCCCUUUUACAAUUUGUACACAGUACAACCUGCUCAAAAUGAAACAAUCAAGAACUCACCGUAUUGUAGUGAAUUUCAUUGUGUAAUAGACGUUAUCAUCUCAAUUUUACACCAAAAAGCCAAUAAUACCAUACAUUAUUUGUUUAAGACAUCAAACCGUACCAUCUUUUGACAGUAGUUUAUCCUAGCUUUCUUACAACUUGUAAUAUUUGAAUUUAUUAGCUAGAAAUAUUAUACAUGUGUACAAACAUUUUUUUUUAUAUUUUGAAUAUGGGACCUUCUUUUAAUGAGUGUAUGAGGACAAUAUACAUUAAGCUCCAAAUGUACAAAUACAAUGUGUGUAGAUUUUUUUUAUCGAAAUUCUUUAAUAAUCAUUGCAAUUAUGUAUAUCAUUAUUAUAUUAUUGAUAAAGAUGUCUUGUACAAACAUGUAUGUAUAGUUUAUGUAUUGGGAAUACAGACAUUUACCAGUAAACAGUUUUUUUUUUUCAGCAAGAAGGGAUUCAGAAAUAAUGAAUGCAUCCACUGUACUUUUGUGCAACCUUUUUUGUGUUCAUUCGCUUUCAAGUUCUUGCAUAAUUUAUUUAAAAUAACUUUUAAUAAAAUAAAUAUUUAAUAAUGAUA